CUCCUGUAUGCCAUCUCCAAACUGGGGCCAGGUGACAAGUACGAGCUGCACGCCGCCACUGCCACCACUCCCAGCGUUGUCGUUCACGUGUGCGACAGCGACAGCGACCUCGAGGGGGACACCAAGAAACCCAAACCCAAAAUCAUCCAGACCCGCCGGCCCGACUUCGCUCCCGCCCCCCUCAGCUGAGCUCCAGCCGCUUUUCCAAGGAUUCCGAGGGAAAAUCCCCCGGGGAAACGGCGCCUCCCGGCUUUGGCAGCAGCGAGGAGGAGAAUUCCAAGCUAAGUUGGCUCCAAAUGAAGGAAUUCCAGGCUCAGUUUGGCUGCCGGGUGUUGAUCCACGAAUUCCCGGAUCCCUGGGAACAAAGGAUGGGAGAAGGGGACGUUUUGGGACAUUACAGGACAACACUGGGAUUCUUUUUUUAGGGGGAAAAGCAGCUGGGGGAGGCUUUCCUUGUUCUGAUUCCCAGAAAUCCUCCAGCUGAUGGUUGUGUGGAAAAGCUUGGGAUAACAGGGUUGGAAAAAUGAUGGGAAUUUUGGGAAUUUAACCCUUUUUCUGACACUAGGUUUUGUGCAUGUUUCUUCUUGGUCUUCUCAAGUAAUUUGCUUUUUUUUCUAGAGUUUCUCCCGAGUUUUUGGAAAUCUGGGAAUCAAGUAUUUAUUAUCUCAGCAUCCCAGAAUUCCUCCUGGAUGUGUACAUACAUGAUAUAUUUAUAUUUGAUUUUAUUGGAGCUCCUUUUCCAGCAGGAUCCAAUUCCUCCAGCACCUGCUUUUUGGUGCUUUGGAAAUUGUGCUUUUAAAAUUUGAACCUUUAAAAUUCCUGCAGAGGGUUUUGAAAUUGUGCUUUUAAAAUUUGAACCUUUGAAAUUCCUGCAGAAGGUUUAGAAAUUGUGCUUUUAAAAUUUGAACCUUUAAAAUUCCUGCAGAGGGUUUUUAACCUGGCAAAGCGAUGGAAAAAAAAAGGUGCAAUAGGAGAGUUGGUGGAAUUCCAUGGAUUUUAAAUUAUUGGAAGUUAAGGUAAUUUAUAUCUUUAAUAAGAUUUGUUUGGGAGCUUUGACUUUGGGAGGGAAAAGGACUCAAAUAACGCUGAUGGUGCAUUUUCAGAGCUGGGGUGUUUUUGGGGAAAAAAAGAAAUUGAUGGAGAAACUUGAAUCUGCAUUUUUGGUGAGUAAAGAUUUGAUAGAGAUUGGAAAAAUUCCACCCAGGAAGCAGUGAGGAAAGCUGGAGUGCCUUUUCCUUAUCCAUUCCUACUCCAAGCUGCACACUUGGAUCUUUUUCUACUGAAUAUCCAGAAAUCUGAAUUUUCUGAGCUUUGCUUCCAAACUCAGCUGGGAUGAAACGUUUCUAAAUGCCAAGAAAUGCUGAUUUAAGCAGUGGCAAAUGUGGGAGAAGCUUUAGGGUUUUUUUAUGGCAGUGUUUAAAGGCUCCUAAAUGCAAAUUUCAAAGAAGAAAGAUGGCAGAAAUAUUUUAUUACUGUUUUUUAAACUGGAGAUCCUCACCUUGAAACAGGAUUCAGGAUUUUUGGGAAGAGGUAGGAGUUGCUAUCCAUGGAAAAUACCACUUGCGGGUCCUGGAAAAGGGAUGUUUGAGGCUCUCAUUGUGUUUUUGGGAAUCAAGCUGUGGCUCUCUCUUGGUUUGCUUUUGCCACACUUGGUUUGAGAAGCGAUUGAAACAAAUACUGCCUGAAAUUCCUGGUUCUCACCUUGGUUUUUUUUUUUAAUUAAUAUUUGUUUUAAAAAGAACAGAACCAUUCCAGGCUCAGGGAAACAGGGUGUUCUGGAAGGCCUGGAAUUCCUGACUGGAACAGAAAUCUGGGCCUAGAGACCAGGAAUACACUGAAUUUUCUGCUCUAGCUUGGAUUGUUAUUCCCUGGAAACUGGAACAAAGCCUGGUUCUGGUGUCUGAGUGGCCCUGGUUCCCUGGGAGCUGUUGGGAAGAGCAGAUUCCAUGGAUUGCUGGAGCUGGACACCCAGGAAAAUCAGAUUAUUUUGGGUUACCCCCAGCUGGCUCCACGUGCUGCAUUCGACACCCAAAAGAGAGGAAUUAAGUGGAGGAAAAACUUGGGAGGUUUGUCACAACUGCCUUGAAGCCUUUCCAAGACUUUUCCACGUCUCUCAAACGACUGCUGGACUUUGUGUCUCACCACAUCCAGUCCAAAACAUUGGGAAUAAUCCCAGAAAUCACAGCAUGAGUUUGGCAGCACAAACCCAGGUGGCUGCUGCUGUGUUUCCUACAAAAGCAGAGCUGCUUUUCAAUCCAAACCAUCCAAAAAAGUCUGAUUUUUGUUAUUUGAAUACCUGAUCCCUGAGGUGGGAACCACAGAAAUCUUGGAAUGUUCCUGGUUGGAUCUGCCACCUCCUGUCCUCUCGACUCCAGCGUGCUGCUUGCUUUUUUUCUGGUUCUUUUAUUUUUGUAAUGUUCCAAUGGAUGCUUAGUUGGUAUUUUAUACACUUGGAUAGCACGGGGCAGAUUGAAAUUAAAAUAUUUUGUUGUCUUCUUGUAAAUGUCCUGGUGUUUCCUGCAUGGAACCACUCAAAGUUUGGCGCCAAAAUGGGAAUUUUCAGCUUCCAAAGGGGCAGAAUGUUGUGCCAGGCCCUCAUAAAUUGAUUCCCAGAAAAGCUUUUCCAGCUUUUCCAGAAUUGCCUGAUCUCCAAAAGUGAGAAUCUGCUCAGGAAUAAAACCCAGUGAGGGAUAUUCCAGUGAAAACCUGAUUUUUCUGUGCCUCAAGUUCCUAAUAAAGGUAUCAAGGUCUUCCUGCUGCAAAA